GCUUUGUUCUAAAAAAAAUCACGGAACACAUCGAAGCAUAUUGUCCCGUCUUGUAAGAAGUAAUAGUAUGAAAUCACAUAAAAACGUGGUUUUGUCGCCUUUUGAAAAUGCAAAUGGGACUGACUCGCUAUACGCGGCGGCAUAGGUUUCUGAGAUACAUUUUUUAGACAGAGAUACAUUCGUAGACACUUAAACACUUAGACUCAGACCCUCCCAGCUGGUCUCGAGGUACGAUGCUGGCCUAACAAGCCAGUCGUCGUAGGUUCCAGUUUCGGCUCGGGAGAGACUGUUAGCAAAAACAUCAUAUCAAGAAGACUGGCAUCUCUGGAUCGAUCCCAUACAAAUGACAAGCAUCAAAUCAAACAGCGCACUCCAUCUAUUCAAGGUGGAAGCUUGCUAUGAAACUGCUGGUAAUUACAUCGCUGCGAAGAUAAAGUGUGCGUAUGUGGUGGGUCAGCCUGUCCGUUCGGCUUGCAUUCGUAUCGCCAGCACACACACUAGCAUGCGUCAGUUCCACUUUUAUUCGAAAGACUGCGCAGCCAAAACUGUCGCUCAAUCUCAGGCAGAGUUCCCAGUCUUCUUGGUAUGAUGUUUUUGCUGUUAGUGUCAGUAGGAUCGUAGCGCAAGCCCCGCAAUUGUCCUGUACACUUAACAGUUGGCUGCGAAGCCCGUGUAUAAUUAACAGGAGGUCAAGUUCCGAAUCGGAAUGUAGCACCUAGGCUAUGCCUUUUUUUACAUUCUUACACAAACAAAGUAUAGUGCUUUUUCGAUUUUGUCAACAUUCGUUUUCACCACUACUCCUUAAAUUCACUUCAGGCUUUCUAUUUCGAUUUCAUCUCGUUUCUUCAAAAGAAUCCUUAAUCAGGAAUAACUGAGCUUCAGUUGCAGAAAAUGCAUUGAAAACAUAAUUCUUAUGUUUAGUGAAGCGGGCAAUAUAUGCAGUUUGCGGGGAUGCGAAAAUGAACGGGAAUAGAAGGUGUGACUUUUAGGCUUAGAAAAAAUUUUCCCUCGUCCAGACGGGACACGAACCCGCAAUCUCCGUUGUCUCCGGCAAGGUGUUUUGGCCAGUUUGAAAAAAUCUAUUGAAAGCUUAAAUUGCCGAGCAAUUUGGUGUUCAUAAAACGCCGAUUUGUAAAUAAUAAAAACGAGUGGUUCCACAGUUUCACCUCUCACAUAAACAAGCAUAAGUCUCUUUUUACUAUGCUAGAAUAACUAAAAUAAAAUUAAAUUGAAACGAACAAAAAAAUGAAUUUUAUCACUUCGCCAAAUUCAUAGUUUAGUCAAAAUCACGGUGAUUUUUUUUUUACUGAAUCGAAAAAGCACUGUACUUUUCAAACACACCAGAUGAAUAAAUUAUAACAUGAUAGGGGCGAAACAAGUAGGGUAUCGGCUCUAGUAUCGCCAGGUUUGUUCAAUUAUCGGGGUUAUUGAAGUCAUAAAGAAUUAAUCGUUUGCAGGCAGAUGGUCUGCAUUAUGAAGAACAAUCAUGCAAAAAAUUAACGCUCCAGGUCUUUAUUUACCCCCUGAGGAUAAGAUAGCCGAUACCCUAUGUUAACUUUUCGAUUUUUUAUCCUUGGUUAUUGAUAACAACUUUUUGUAGACUAUACAAUUUAAGAACCGGUGAGUUUAGUAAAUUCAUCAGUCAAACCAUUGUGAAUUGUGCAAGUCGUAUUUCUACAAUAAUUAUUUUCUUCGUUCUUUUGCGUGAUCGCUUCCUCUGGUGUAUACCGAUUCCGUUUCAGACUAUCUCAUCUGAUGAUUAAACCACCCGCCACACCUUCUUCGCUGCAUUGCUUCUUUUCGGAAACCAGAAUAAUUCAGCUAAUUUUAUGUCUCAAGACGAUUGCGGUGUGUUUGUUUCCAUUCUAUUUCAUUGCAUCACUCAUACUCAGUUACUUGCUAAGAACAAUUUCCAGUUGAGUGCGAAUUUGCUUUUUUUUAAUUGGAGGUUAUUAUAAAUAGAUUAACAACGAAUUUCAGAAUGAAUAUGCAAUUUUCAAUAUGUACUGCUAAACAUUGCAUUAAGCUCUGCAAUGUUGGGCAUACUUACUGUGCCGUGUUUUCAAUCAUUACCUGCGAUUUUUGAUCGACGCAAAUAUGAAAUCCCUGAGAAAAUUAUCUUACUGCAUCAUCAUUAAUGCAAUCAAUGCAGGCACUCAUUCGACCCAAAGCGUCGUGGGUGGAACAGAGAGUGCAAUAGGUGGUAAAUUUGUGAAAGGUCAAUAUACACUGUCAAGGCUUCUCUGGGAUUUUCUGUCCAUUUUUUUCGAUCACAUCUACAGUCGCGUGUGCAAUACUUCAAUCCUUCGUUUCUGAUAUGCGACACGCGGCUUAAGCUCGUAUUAAGCUCCAUGCAAGAUUACAUCAAUCAGUUGUAUAUCCAAACGACUUUAAAGAAUGUUCAAAAAACAAGAAUAACAAUAUACCGGCGUUGAUUAGCAGAGUCUAGAAAAACUGCGAAACGAGUGGAUCAACGAUAUAUUUAAUUGCAGCCGAUUGGACUGAUGGACGCAAUUUAUCGUAUGAAGUCAAUUCAGAUAAAUGCAUUAUGCACACUUCAUAUCAGUUUCUCAAUAUCUCCAAACAAAGACAGAUUGAUCUAUGCAUCAAAUCGACAGUCAAAUUCAGUUAUAUUUAGUUCACGGUCUCCAUGAUGGCAGGCGAUGGUACGCCGGCACGUAUCAAGCAGGAAUUAAUCGAGACCUCCUGCUGCAGUCCUUCACCAUCAUCGGCUGGUAGCAUGUCUCAAAGUAAUCUCCUUUAUAGUGGAACCCAAAACACAAAGAUGGAAUACAAAUCAAGUAGCAAUAACGACAUAAGCCUAUUGACAGAGUUACAUGGUGGCCGAAGUGCUGGGCCGCAUUCUCCUGGAUCUCCGGAUAGACAGUUUUGCAGUUCAACUACCUCAGUUAUCGGAGAUUUUGGGAGUGAUAGCACAAACCAGGACGCGAUAAAAGAGGAAAUUCCUCGUCGAUUGUGUCUUGUUUGUGGCGAUGUUGCCAGUGGAUUUCACUAUGGCGUUGCGAGUUGCGAAGCGUGCAAAGCAUUUUUUAAGAGAACUAUCCAAGGCAAUAUUGAAUAUACUUGUCCAGCUAGCAAUGACUGUGAGAUCAACAAGCGGCGAAGAAAGGCUUGUCAAGCAUGUCGAUUCCGCAAGUGUCUUCAAAUGGGUAUGCUAAAAGAAGGGGUGCGCCUGGAUAGGGUUCGCGGAGGCCGCCAAAAGUACCGAAGAAAUCCCUGCGCCAACCCAUACCAGCUUCAGUUAAGUCAAUCAAACCUUCAGUACACACCGCAAUCUUUAGAGGAUAUUAAGAUAUUGGAAGUAUUAUCAUCGUUCGAACCAGAUCCAUUAACCAUCGGGCAUGGAUUUGAUCUAAUGAACAGCAAUGGAAGCAAUAAUAGUAGUGAACACGAAGGAGAAGGUAAAGCGUCUGAUUCUAGGAUGACCAUGGGAGCUGACGCCCAGGAGAUGCUCAGUGUGUUAAGUGAUAUCUAUGAUAAGGAACUAGUUGGUGUGAUCGGUUGGGCAAAGCAAAUACCGGGUUUCACUGACCUUCCGCUGAACGAUCAGAUGCGACUGCUACAGGUGAGCUGGGCGGAAUUGCUGACGCUUAUGUUAGCACAUCGAUCAAUCCCGUUCUCCGGUCGACUAUAUUUCGCCACUGAUUUUUGGUUAGACGAGCGAACCGCAAAGGAGUGCGGUGCCUUGGAUCUGUAUAAUCAUUUGGCACAAAUUACUCAACGAUUGGAGAAGAUCUCAGCAACAAAAGAAGAGUAUUAUUUGCUAAAAGCGUUAUCGUUAUCAAAUUGUGAUAUACGACUGGAUAAUUACAGCGCCUUGAAAAAGAUACGAGACAGCAUCCUAUACGCCCUGAACGACUGUGUACUACUGAUACGGCACAACCAAGCUGUAUCACACCAACAGCAACUACUGCUAUUGUUGCCUUCCCUACGCCAAGCCGAUUACAUCAUCCGUAAGUUUUGGACAAAUGUUCACAUCGAGGGCAAUGUAACAAUGAAUAAAUUGUUUGUGGAGAUGCUGGAAUCUGUGUCACGAUAAAUAGUCGGUUUUCCCAGCUAAAUUUGUGCACUCGGUGGUUGUUCGGUGAUCUCUGAUAACACAAUCAUAUACAAAAUUACUCGUACAUACAACCCCACAUUAUAUAUCAGGUGGGACUGAAUUAGUAGGACAUACUUCUUUCUUACACCCCAGUGCUUUUCGUGUCCACCGUGCGACAUUUUGGAACCCCCUCUAGUUUUAUGUUGAACCAGUGGUUUGGAACAAUUAGAAUUACGUAACCAGGUCGUUAUGUUUUAUUAACAUAUUAGCAUUGUUAAGAGACAUUAGGUGAUUAGAGUUUUCUUGUCUUUCUUUAUUUUAUUUUUUUAUUGAAAAAUAUUCAGUUUUCAAAAUUUAUGCUGUGGUUCACAAAAUGCAUUAUGAAUUGCUUAAUUAAAUCUCAUUUUAUCUGCUGAACAGUAAAAUAAAGUUAUAUUUAUGUUAUAAAUUCUUUUUAAAUCUCUCAACUAUUCACUCAAGCUUAAUCCAUGAGACUUUAAGAUUUAGUUUUCAUGCCAACUGCUUCGAAACAUGGAGUUGCUCUAAAUGAUUUUUAAAUUUGUUAAGCAUGUUCCGUGACUUGAGUUCCCGUUUAAAACUUCAACGGAAUAUCUGUUUUUAUAGAAUAUGUCAUUCGCUAUGCAUAUUGCUAUAUUUUCAAUCUGUAGGUAAGCUUUUAUUAUGGAUAAAUGUUUAGAAAUCUAAAGUCACCCCAUCGUUCGAUGGAGCAUGUUUUAUUUGUUAUAAUAUAGAAUGUUACUUAAAAUAAGAAGAAAAUGCAAUAAUACUACUUUUACAUUUCGCUGGACAACGGAAAUCUCCGUAUCAAUAAUAUUAUAAAAUAUGAUUUUUAUGUUAAUUAAUCAAUUCGGGAGCAGAUACUAAACUGUAGAAAAGCGCAUGCUGGAAUUUCAAAAAUAUAAAAAAUAGUCUUCUAAAACUCAAUUCAAAAAUAGUACAAGAUAAAAAACAACCGUUUACAUACUGCAACCUCAUUACCAUAACACAACAUAAGGGCUAAAGUUUUGAACAAAAACUUUAAUUAAUGCAAAAGUUGCUACAAACGACAAGAUUUUAGGAGUUCUUUAGUAAACUCAUCAGUUUGUUAUUAACACUUCUAUUUCGGUUUAGUAACCGACACGUGAGAUGUGUAUUUAUAGAUUAGCAGCGGAAAAAAUACUGAAGAUUAAAAUAGUGUCGAGAACAGAGCAAAUUUGUGGAGGUAGAAAACAAAAUAAUUGCAGACAGUUUACUAUUUGGGAAAAGUGCGGUCCAGUCAGUCAACUGAAAAGGUGAAAGAAAAUGUUAUUGUUGUAGAGCAUGAGCACGGAUAGAUAGCUUGUGACAGUGUAUAAAUAAAAUGAUGACCACGAAAGAGAGGUAAAUGCAUACCAACUGAACGGAACAGUUCAAGUAGAAAUGAAUAA